AUGACAAUAAACUACAAUAGAAAUGCGUUUGAGGGAAAGUUAAAUUUGAGCUCCCAACUUUUGCAAUGGUUGGACCAAAGGAUCCCAAUGGGAGAUCCUUUGAGGAUCCCUUCAAUCGAUUCGUACAAAUAUUUGCAAGAUCUCGGAAAAGGUCGAUUUGGUACGGUUUGCAAAUUCAUGAACAGCAGUACCCUUCUAUGCGAAACCGUGAAAAAAGUCAACAUGGAAAUAUUCGAUCAUUGGUCACAAGACGCCACAAAAGUCUCAAACAGGCUGGACACCUUUAUAGCAGAGUUUCGAUAUUUGCAUAAAGUUACCAACGACAACAAUCGCAUUGUGAAUUUUUUGGGUGUAUACGCAGACAAUAAACAAAUGUACAUAAUGUCGGAAUACUUGCCACGUGGAUCUGUGAAAGAUAUGAUUACUAGAGAAACAAUAGGAGAGGACACAGCAAUCAAAUAUUUGAUGGAAACAGUUGAAGCUCUUGACUACCUUCAUACAUUGAAUCCUCCAGUUGUCCAUAGAGAUAUCAAAGCUGCCAAUUUAUUGAUCACAAUCGGUGAUAGCAUAAAGCUCGCAAACUUUGGAUUAGUCCGUGAUUUGGCAAUAGAUGGAUACGGCAUUGCAGUUGCUUCGGAAAUUACCUUGGAUUUUAGAGCAACACUGUUAUACGUUGCUCCGGAAGUUUUAAGUAGUAAAUUGGGACCAGGGAACCGCAAAGCUUAUGAGCUCCCGGCAGAUAUCUGGUAUAAGGUUUAUCUAUUUUCAUCAAAACCGUAUUUUGAGUUUAGGGCCCUCGGGUGCACGUUCAUCGAAAUGCUGCUCAAACUGCCACCUCAUUUUGAGUACUUUGGGAACAUUAAUGAGAUCCCACAAGUUCUACUAGGUUACGCAAAACGAGUUGACGGAAAAGAGCUGCCAUACACUUCUGAAGUAUUAGUGCCAUCUUCGUCAAAAUGCAUUCAGAAAAUUGUGGAUUACAUGUUUGUGAAGUCUCCAGAACUUCGACCAACUACAAAAAAUUUGAAGCAUCAGAUCAAAAAAUAUCUAGACGACGACGAGAGCGAAGAUGAAACGGAAGUUAUGUCAUCUGCAAGUAAUAGUAGUACGGAUGGUACUACAGAUCAAUCUCGAAACCCAAUUGAUCGAAAAGUUGGAAGAAUUGGUAACUGUUUACCAAUAGAAAAUAUGGAGUAUGCAGUAACGAGAAGAGAUCAACCUAAGAAAAAGAGAAAACCACCACACAGUAAUACUACUCAUUUUAUGAUUGCUAGUGGUUACUACCUAUCAAGGAUAUUGUAUUUUUUGAACAUCCUCGGUCGCUCAAUUUGCUAUCUCCUUCUCUUUCUGACUUUAGGAAUCACAGCUCUUGGCCUAUUUCUGUUGAUAUCGUUCUUUGUUGUCAGAUUUGUCCGCUAUGUGAUAGCGAUCUAUUGUAACUGUGAUUUAAUGCAACCGCAGUAUUUGAUCAUCUCAGGGAUUUUGAUAGUGCUAAUGUUUGCGCUCUUGUUCAGUUGUUGUAUGGUAGCGCUUGGAGAAUAUAAGUUUCGAAUGGCGAAUCAGACUCUGGGUGGUUCUAAAUUCUUUGUGCCACGCCCUCAAAAAUCUGCAACUCUGUGUGGUGUUACUAUAAUAACUGGAAAAGAUGAUAUACCGGAAGCCGUUCUACCGUUGGAUGAGGAAGUCGCCAUUUCACCAUCUGUUAUGAAAAACCACGAUGACUAUUACUACGAUACUCCAUAA